AUGUCUCACCCAGUCCGCAGCGCAGCACCCUCGUCGUCCGGGUCCACGGACCCGCACACCUUCGUCAACCCCGUACUCCGCGGCUUCAACCCGGACCCGACCAUUUGCGUUGUCCCGGCCAGCGGUGACACGCCCGCCACAUAUUUCCUGAGCACCUCUACGUUCGAAUUUUUUCCGGGCUGUGCCAUAUACUCGUCGACAGACCUUCUGAACUGGAAGCUCAUCGGCCACGCUCUGAACAGGAGGAGCCAGAUCGAGCUGCGGACCGUGGAGCCCGGCGCCGGCAGCUGGGCCAGCACGCUGCGCUACCGUGCUGACGAGAAGCGAUGGUAUCUUGCUAAUUGCCUGUUUCAGAGGUACAGGCCUGCGACCGAUGAGCGUAUCUUCCCUCGGGGGUUUUACGUGUUCACCGACAACAUUUGGGACGACAACGCCUGGUCUGAUCCGGUCUACUUCGACAAUCCUGGCUUCGAUCAAGACUUGUUCUGGGACGACGACGGCAAGGUAUACCUCUCAACAACCACGAGGCUCUCUGACCGCGCACCAGGUUCCAAGCAAAAAGACUUCGCCAUUCACAUCAGCCAGAUCGAUCUCCCCACGGGGCAGACCCUGACGGCGCCGGUCGUGAUCCGCAAGUCCCCACACGGGAUCGCUGAGGGUUCCCACAUCCUGAAGCGCAACGGGUUCUACUACCUCUUUACCGCCGAGGGCGGCACCGAGGCUGGCCACCAAGACCCAGAGGCGCCAUCCAUGCUACUGAGAAAGCAGACAUCUUAUUGGCAAACAUUUGAAGCCACCAUGGAGUUCGCUUCCCAACAGGUGGGCUCCGAAGCUGGUCUUGUGUUAUGGUGGAGCCAGUUCUCAUACGCCACCAUCGGUAUCAGGAUCGGCGGGAUCCUCAGCAACUCCAAGGUGCCGCAUGUUGUAUCGCGAACCCCAAAGGGAAAACCUGGUAAAUCCACUGUGAGACUUACUCGGCAGAAAUUGUGGAAAAGGGGCGGGCAGUGA